AUGUCUCAGCACCAUGUACCAGAGGAUAUUGAAGUCAUGGAGAGCAGCUCCACUGCAGGCUUUGAUUCUGACUCUGACAACUUGUCAUCAGAUUCAGACAAGGCACUCAUGAAGUUUUGUGCUGCUGUUGUGUCUUUAUGGGACAAUGCUUUAAUUGCAGACCUUCAUAAGGCGCUAGAAACUGCACAGAAGCUGCUGUUGAAUAUGCAAGGCCAACAGUGGGAGUUCUUGAAGCAGAAUGUGCUUCUGGAAACUUCAGCAGCCAAAGGUCAGAAGAGACUCACUUGUAAUGAACUCGAGCUAGCUGUCAAGAAAGAGGCUAUAAGGCUGUUGGGAUGCAAGUACUCAAUCACACAUUGCUUAUGGAUCAACUCUCAGAUUUUUCCCUUGUGCGCAUGUCCCAACAUUGACAUCAACAGUAAGGAGCGCUGGCUGUCUCUACUUUCAAUUGAAGAUGGUGUGAAAGCCGAGUUGUUCUUGUUUAUUCCUGAAGCAGAUCGUGAAAUGAUGAAUCACAAGCACUUCAGUAGUCAUGUCAGUGCAGUUGAUGUCCUUAGUUUUGAGACCCUAUCUGACUUCUUCAGUUUGUGA